CUCCAAACUCGCAUCGCAGAGGCGAAGUUCAUCUCCAAAACGGCCUCUUUUUAAAUGCAACCAAGCGAAUCCAAUCGCGAACCACAUCCUACGAACCAUAUCAAUCAACUUUCCGUCGUGGCACUUUGAUAUUGCCCGGAUAGCGAUCGCUCAGCGUCAUCGACGACCAAGACUUCGAUAAGCGCAUCGUCGCUCCACAGCGCAGGGAGGCUGUUCAUCUGCCAUCCAUCAUCAACAUCACGCCGUGGAUCAGCAUCAAAUAUACAAACAAGUGCAUCAACGACCAACACAAUUGCCUACGAUAGAAUAACCUGCCGACACCUUUGUCGAUAUCAUCACAAUGGAUCCCACCAACACCAUCAACGUCCUCGUAACCAGCAUAGCCGGCACCGGCCUCCCACCCACCCUAACCUUCGCCCUCCCCGCCACAACAACCAUCACCGAGCUUCGCGACCGGCUCCUCUCCCGCCUGCCUGGCUCCCUAGAAAGCGCCGCCGCCUUCCGCUUCCUCCUCACCACCAACUCCAACAAACAACUCCCCUCCUCCUCCACCCAACCUCUCUCCUCUCUCUUGCCCUGCAAUGUCGAAGCCAACAAUGACUUCCUCCCCCUCCGCCUCUCCCUCCCCCUCUGCGGCGGCAAAGGCGGUUUCGGCUCUCAACUCCGCGCCCAAGGCGGGCGCAUGUCUUCAAAACGCAAGAAGAACGGUCUGCAAGGCGAAGACAACGGAUCCUCGCGCAACCUAGACGGGCGCCGCUUACGGACCAUCACGGAAGCCAAAGCGCUGGCCGACUACCUGGCCAUCAAACCCGACAUGGAGAAGAAGGAGAAAGAAAAGCGAAGGAAGCGGUGGCAGCAGAUUGUGGAGCAGACGGAGAAGCGGCAGGAGGAGAUCAAGUAUGGGAAGACAGGAGGUGGGGGAUUCAUGUUGGAUGGCAAGUGGGUGGAGGAUAAGGAGGAGCUGGAUGAGAGGACGAGGGAGGCGGUCAUGACGGCUUUGAAGAAGGGUGCUUAUACGGAUAAUUUGUCCAUGUUGGCGGCUACGGCGGCUGCGGCGAAUUCGGCGGCGAAUGUUGGGGAGGGCGGUUCGGGGAGUGGGAGUGGGUCGUCUUCGGGUGGUGAGGCGAUGAGUGAGGAUGAGAAGGAGGGUGAGCGGGAUGGUGCCGCUACGCCGCCAUCGGAACCGGAGCCGGAACCGAAGGUGGUGGUGGACAAGGAGAAGCUGAAAGGCAAGGAGAAGGAGACGGUGCAGCCGAAGGCGCAGGUGAAGACCUUUGCUGGCUUUGAUGACGAUGAUGAGUUUAUGAGCUCUGAUGAUGAGUGAGAGCUACGAUGGCGGUGCCAUGGAGUCAUGAGGACUCAGUAGUGUAAGUCGGGAUGGGACGGGUGAACCUGACUCACUUAACUGCAUCUGGAAGACAACUCAUACAUGGCGUUAUCUGGAGUUCGGUUUGUUUGGAUUGUCUCACUAUGAGAUAGCGAAUAGGGGUAAAGGGGGUUCAUGAUACCACGUACUAGGCCACAUCGUACAAAGCCUAGCGGAAUACCAGAUUCGGUUCAGCAAA